AAAACAUUUUGUUUUGUGUCUUCCGAAAGAAAUCAUCAACUGUUUAAAGUUUUAAGAUGAAUAUCGUCUUAUUGGGAGUUAGUAUCUUUCUCCUCUUUCAAGCAAUCUCGGGAUCUUCAAACAACUACGUUGAGGAAGUUUUCAAGUGGAAGAAAGUGGAGUUUGAAUAUUCAACAGAUUUAGAUAACACCUAUGUUGGCCCAUACAGGUAUCAUAUUCCUGAGAAUGAGAAUAUAGUUAGUAUGGGCUAUCAUCCAGCAAGUGGAUUGAUAGUUGUGUCUUUCCUGAGAACUCGUCCUGGAAUUCCAACAACUUUGGGAGCUUUCUGUGCAAGUGAAUACGCUUUUGGAUCGAGCCCUGUUAUAUGGAGAUUCCCCAACCCCUACGUCAAUGAGCUACGUUCGUCUGAUUUUGAAUAUUACAUAGACAACGAAGGAAGGAAGCAUUUUAAUCCACUGUUGAAGUAUCGUAAGAAUCAGUGGGAAGACACACUUCAUAGUAAAUACGAGAAGGAUUUCUACAACGGAUCCCAAGUUCCAUUGAAACUUGAGGAUGAGUACUCAUCCGAAAUUCAGAGAAUCGUUUCCGUCUUUCAGCUCACAAUGGAUGAAAAAUGCAACCGUCUUUUCUUCGUUGACAACGGACGUAUUACCUACAAUAAAAGCAUAACUUAUGCUAUUCAGAAACCAGCUUUGGUGGUUGUAGGCCUUCCUAUAACUGCAUGCCAUAUUAGAAAUUUCCCAAUCGUUCGUCGCGUUGAAUUCCCAGAUAAAAUCGCUGACAAAGGACCAGACGGUUAUACAUUUGUUACUUUGGAUUACCAAUCAAGCGACUCUUGUGAUGGUCUCUACCUCUAUAUUCCAAACAUUUUCUAUAACUUCAUCACAGUUUAUGACUACAAAAAGAAUGAAUUCUGGACAUUUGAUCAUGAAACAUUUAAUCCUGUUUUAGCUGAAUCCUUUUUCAUUUUUGAUAAAACUUUAAAGUACGAAGCUCCUUUGGGAAUACUAAAUAUUGCUCUUGGUUAUCCAGACGAGAAUGGGGAUAAGCUAGCUUACUAUACGAAAGUUUCUGGAACCGCGCAAUACGCAGUAUCUACGAAAGUUCUCAAAGACAAGAGUAAAUCUGAUGUAAAUUACAAUUCUAAAGAUUUUAAGAUUAAGGGAUACCUUGGAUGCAAUCAUCAAACCUUAAAAACUGUCAUCGACUACACAUACGGCGUGAUGUUCUACUCUGAAUUUCAAUCUAAUCAAAUCCGCUGCUGGAAUAUGAGCAAACCCCUCAAUCCUGACAAUAUUGGUGUGGUUUAUGAAUCAGAUGAUCUGAAAAUUGGAUCACAGCUUUUCAUUGACUCUCUGGGAUAUCUCUGGUUCCACUCAAGCUAUCUUUCUCUUGUUUACUUCUCUGAUUUACCUUUGAAUUUAGAUGAAUUUACAACCAAAAUGUUCCGUAUGAAGGUAUCUGAUGUACUUAAAGGAACAAUUUGCUACGAUGAGCGAUAUAUUUUGUGAAUUUAACAUCUUAAAGAAUUUUGUGAAUAAAAUCGAGAAUAAAAAAUAAAAUAAAAUGUGAAAAAA